GUCAAAAUCUGUCAAAGUCAAACACAUGUGAUUGACAUAAAAUAAAAAUCAUAAAAUUAAUUCAAUAUUUCGGUUUGUGGUAGUGGCAGUAUUCGAAUAAGAUUAUAAUUUAUAAAAGAACGAAAACCCUAUAAAGGUAUUGCUAUUUUAAUCUAUUAUUCUAUUUCAGAAAUGCCCAAUUUGGAAUUACUACAAACAUUAACUGGCCACAAAGGCAUUGUCUGGAAUGUGUCUUGGCAUCCCCAAGGGAAAAUAUUUGCAUCUUGUGGAGAAGAUAAAACGAUCAAAUUAUGGAGUAAAGAAGGUCAAGAGUGGACAAUAAAAACUGUUCUUGUGGAUGGUCAUCAGCGGACCAUCAGAGAGGUGGCAUGGUCUCCAUGUGGCAACUACUUGGCUUCAGCUAGCUUUGAUGCAACAACAGCCAUUUGGGAUAAGAAAAGUGGUCAGUUUGAAUGCAAUGCUACACUGGAAGGACAUGAGAAUGAAGUAAAGAGUGUAGCAUGGUCUCCCUCCGGCCAACUGUUAGCAACAUGCGGCAGAGACAAAUCAGUCUGGGUGUGGGAAGUGGCUGGAGAUGAUGAAUAUGAAUGUGAAUCUGUACUCAAUGUACACAACCAAGAUGUCAAGAAAGUAGCUUGGCAUCCUUCCCUAGACAUCUUGGCCUCAGCAUCAUAUGAUAACACAGUAAAGUUGUACAAAGAGGACCCAGCUGACAAUGACUGGAGCUGUAUAGCCACUUUGCAGUCACAUGAGUCUACAGUAUGGAGCUUGUCCUUUGACAAGACUGGAGAGAGACUUGCCACUUGCAGUGAUGACAGAACAGUGAAAAUUUGGAAGGAAUAUAAACCUAACAACCAGGAGGGAGUUAUAGUAACUGACAGAGAGUCUGUAUGGAAAUGUGUCUGCACAUUAUCAGGAUACCAUACCAGAUGUAUUUAUGAUGUAGCUUGGUGCCACCACACUGGACUACUAGCAACAGCUUCUGGUGACGACAUCAUUAGAAUAUUCAAAGAAACUGAAGACUCUGAUCCUAAUGCACCAACAUUUGAACUUAUUUGCACCAAACUGAAUGCACAUUCCCAAGAUGUGAACAGUGUCAAAUGGAAUCCAACGGGCAACAAAGAACUGCUCUCUUGUAGUGAUGACGGAGAAAUAAAAAUUUGGAAUUUUUCAGAAUAAAUCAAUAUUGUUAUUAAUAAGAAUCAUCAUUGUUAUAAAAUAUUGAUCAAGUUUAGCAUCAAAGUUUAUUGAUAUACAUUAUUGUUUAGUUAUGUAGGCUGAAAGUGUUGGGAUUUCAUAAUAAAUGAAUAUUUUAUUUUA